CGGGCGGCUCCGGGCUGGGGCCCCGCCGCUGGACGGACCAUGCUACGCUCCACUGGCUUCUUCCGGGCCAUCGACUGCCCCUAUUUGACCGGCUCGCCCGGGGGUCCCUGCCGGCGACCCUACUGCCACUUCCGGCACCGCGGGGCCCGGGUCCCUGGCGCGCCCGGAGGCGGCGGAGCGGCGCCUCCCUCUGCAGGGCUGGGCUAUGACCCUUACAACCCUGAGCUGCCCAAGCCUCCGGGGCAGAGGGAGAAUGGCGUACUGGACUGCGGGGACGAGCCGCGCUCCGACAUACUGGAGCUGGAACUGGUCAACCAGGCCAUCGAGGCCGUGCGCACCGAGGUGGAGUUGGAGCAGCGGCGCUACCAGGAGCUGCUGGGCACGGCCAGGGUGGCCGGCACCGGCGAGGACUCCGCCCUGGCCCCCCGUGGCCCUGCUGCCCCCAGUGCCCACCUGGGCCAUGAGGACACCUUCCCGCUCUCCUUGGACUACCACCCUGGGGGCCGUGGCCGGCUGAGCCCCGACACCGGUUACCAGCCCACACCACUGGCAACCCCUGCAGAGCCGGGCGGCAAGUACUCGCUGGAGAGGAGCCCUGGCCGGGGGCGCGGUGGGGCCCUGGAGUAUGUGCCCAAGGCUGUGGGCCAGCCCCGGAGGCAUGGCCGUGCCGGCUCGAGCAGCAAGUACGUGGUGGACAACUCCAAGCCGUCCACUGACCUAGAGUAUGACCCACUGUCCAACUACUCAGCCCGCCUCCUGAGCAGGACGGGCACCCGGGACGAGCGAGCCUUCAAGCGGGCCCGGGGUGCCCCUGACCGUGAGCCCUACACGCCAGCCCCCAAGAAGCAUUGCGACCCCUUCAGUAGCUGUGAUGCCCGCUUUUCGGACUCAGAAGAUGAUGCUGCCGCACCGCCGGGCAAUGGGCCUGCCCCUGCCAGCCCCCCUCGUGUUCCCGAUGAGGGCUGCCUUCGGGAGACCAAGGAGAUGGCCGUGCAGUGUGAUGUGGGUGACCUUGGGACCCCUGCCCCAUCUAUCACCACUGCCCCAGCCACUCAGGAGCAGGAGACCCCCAAGGAGGUGAGAUCCAAGAAGAAGCGACGAGGGGAGGUGCCGCUAAGCAGCCACCGGGAGGGUGUCCGGAAGAAAGACAAGGGGAGAAACAGGGAUCGAGGGAAGUUGAGUGAGAAGAGGGGCCUUCAGGCUGCCAGCCCCCGUAGCCAGGCAGAGCGGCCAGAAGGGACCAAGAAGAAGCCAUCCUCAGCCGCCACACCGGGCAGCUCAGGAAAAGCCAAGCCUGAGCAGCCCCUGGAGCUCCGGCCAAGCCGCUCAAAGAGGGGAAAGCCUUCCCCCUCAGGAAAGCUGGUCACACGCAAGGCCCACUCGCUGGACGAGGGUGGCGUCCCAAACACCCCCAAGCUGAAGCGGCGGGCUCUGAGCCAUGCUGACCUCUUUGGGGACGAGAGUGCAGACGAGGAUGUAGGGGCGCCACCAGCCUGGCCCCCCACCUUGCCCCCCACCUUGCCUAGCCUCAGCUCAGACUCAGACUCGGACUCCAGCUUGGGCCUCACGGAGACAACAAAGCAGAGCCAGCCCAGACAGCUCAAGGCCUCCCCACCCCCUGCCCCUGCCCCUGCCCCCGCCCCCCCCCCUUCCUCCUCCUCCUCCUCUUCGGGGGAGGACGUGGACUAUGCGGCCUUGGAGAAGGAGGUUGACUUUGACUCAGACCCCAUGGAGGAGUGCCUACGGAUUUUCAACGAGUCCAGUAGCGUGAAGACUGAGCACAAAGGUCGGCUGGCCCACCAGCCACCCAAGGAGGAGAACAGUGAGGAACAGGGGCAUGCGGGCCUGACCACGCUGUUCCCAGGACAGAAGAGGAGGAUCUCUCAUCUGACCAAGCAGGGCAGGGAGGUGGAGCCCCCUAGGAGAGCCCCAGCCUCAGCCCCAGCCCGGCCGCUGACCGCCCAGGAAGUGUGUUAUCGGCGCGCCCAGCAGGCCCAGCGAGAGUCAGCCAGCUGGCCCCAGGCCACCCCGAGGCAGACCGAGAAACUGUCCUCCGUGCGUAUCUCCACGCCUGGCGAGAAGAGACGCAUUGCCCACGUGCCCAACCCCCGCCUGGCUGCAGCCCCCACAGGUGCCAAGCGGACCUUGGCGGCCAGUGGCAGCCAGCCCCCCCACGGCCCCGAGCCUGGCAGGCAGACCCUGAAGACGCGUACGCUGGCAGGGAUGGCCUCCAAGACAACGUCCACUAUCACCCCUAAGCGAGUCGCCCACAGUCCAUCACUCCAGAGUCUAAAGAAGCCUAUUAUCCCCAAAGAGUUUGGGGCCAAAGUCCCCACAGCCAUCCGGCAGCGGUAUCUCAACCUCUUCAUUGAGGAGUGCCUCAAGUUCUCCUCCUCCCACCAAGAAGCCAUCGAGAAGGCGUUGACCGAGGAGAAGGUGGCCUACGACCGUAGCCCCAGCAAGAACAUCUACCUGAAUGUCGCCGUGAACACACUCAAGAAGCUCCGAGGCCUGGUCCCCAGUGCUUCGCCCGCACUCAGCAAAGUCAGCGGCCGGAGGCUGGUGUCCCACGAGGUGGUGCUGGGGGGCAGGUUGGCCGCCAAAACCAGCUUCUCGCUCAGCCGCCCGACAAGCCCCCGCGUGGAGGACCUGAAAGGGGCUGCGCUGUAUGGCCGCCUUAGGGACUACCUCCUCACCGAUGAGCAGCUCAGGGAGAAUGGCUACCCUUUCCCCCACCCCGAGCGGCCUGGCGGCGCUGUCCUUUUCACCACAGAGGAGAAGAGGUCCAAGGAUGCUUCCUGUAGGAUCUGCUGUCGGUGUGGUGCUGAUUACCUCGUGUCCCCCUCGGGCCGCUGUGUCCGUGCUGAAGAGUGCUACUACCACUGGGGUCGGCUGCGGCGCCACCGCGUGGCUGGAGGUUGGGAGACUCAGUACACUUGCUGCUCGGCUGCUGUUGGCUCCAUUGGCUGCCAGGUCGCCAAGCAACAUGUGCAGGACGGUCGAAAGGAAAACCUUGAAGGCUUUGUGAGGACCUUCGAGAAAGAGCUUCCAGAAGAUGCUCACCCGGGUGUCUACGCCCUUGACUGCGAGAUGUCCUACACCACAUACGGCCUGGAGCUGACGCGGAUCACUGUGGUGGACACGGAUAUGCAGGUGGUCUAUGACACCUUCGUCAGGCCCGACAACGAGAUUGUCGACUACAACACUAGGUUCUCCGGGGUGACUGAGGCAGACCUGGCAGGCACGAGCAUCUCGCUGCGGGACGUGCAGGCGGUCCUGCUGAGCAUGCUCAGUGCCGACACCAUCCUCAUUGGCCACAGCCUGGAAAGCGACCUGCUGGCACUGAAGGUCAUCCACAGCACCGUAGUGGACACGGCUGUGCUCUUCCCACACCGCCUGGGUCUCCCCUACAAGCGCUCCCUACGGAACCUCAUGGCCGACUACCUCAAACAGAUCAUCCAGGACAACGUGGACGGGCACAGCUCCAGCGAGGACGCCAGUGCUUGUAUGCACCUGAUGAUCUGGAAGAUCCGCGAAGACGCCAAGACCAAGCGAUGA